UAAAAGAGGAUGAGAAGUAUCAACUAGUCCUCUGAUUCUCCUCUUCAGCUAGCCAUGGAAGGAAGAAUCGCUUCCUCCACUUCAUUCUCCUUCGUUUGUCUUCUUUUUCUUUUUGUUUCUACUUUCUUUUCGAUCUCUAAUGGAAUAGACACCCUAUCGAUAGAUCGACCUCUUCUCGACGACGAUACAACCACCUUGGUCUCAGCCAACGGUAACUUCCGGUUGGGAUUCUUCAGCCCUAAUGGAUCUAACAGUCGCUACAUUGGCAUUUGGUAUAAUAAUAUCCCCGUUCAUACUGUCGUGUGGGUCGCCAACCGCCAACGGCCUAUCGCCGACCGAUCCGGCAAUCUCUCUUUGACCGCCGACGGCGCCCUCGUCAUCGCCGAUGGGUCCGCCAACUCCACCGUCGUUUGGUCGUCUGGCUCGCCGGCGCCGGCCCUCGAGAAUCCGGUCGCGCAGCUCCUUGACGACGGGGAUUUCGUCGUCCGAGAGGCCCGAGACAUUAAUGGCACCGAGGAAGAUGAGAGCUUCGCGUGGCGGAGCUUUGACUUUCCGACCGACACGCAGAUCCCCGGGAUGAUGGUGGGGCGGCGGAGGCUCAGGAAUGGGGUCGAGCACAACAUCAACCUGACGGCGUGGACGAGCGACGGCGACCCUGCUCCGUCGCAGUACACCUACGGCUUGGACGUGGAGGGCGACCCGCAGUUGUUGAUCUGGUCCGGGGCGGAGCCCCACUGGCGCGGCGGCCCGUGGAACGGCCGCUGGUUCAGCGGCGUGCCGGAGGUGAGGGACAUGUCCGACGGGCUGGUCAACUUCAACGUGCAGCCCAACGAGAUCACCUUCUUGUACAACCACCAGAGCACCGCCAUCUUGCGGUGGGUGAUUCACCACUCCGGCCAGCUCCGGCUCAUCGUUUGGCUGGAAUCGGAGCAGGAUUGGAACAUCAUCUGGUUCGUCCCCAAGGAUCUCUGCGACAGCGUCUCCACCUGCGGACCCAACGGCCUCUGCCGCCCGAGCAGCUCGCCGCUGUGCGCCUGCCUCCAGGGGUUCCGCCCCAGGAACCCCAGGAACUGGGGGCUCCUCGACGGUUCCGACGGCUGCCGGAGGACGACUGCCCUGGACUGCCGGAACAACACCGACGGCUUCUUCAUCCAGCGAGGCGCGAAGCUGCCGGACACCUCGAGGUCGACCGUCGUACCAACCCUGACUCUGGAUCAAUGCAGAGCCCUCUGCUUGAGCACCUGCAACUGCACCGCGUUCGCCGCCUCCAACGUCAGCGUCGCCGCGAGCGGAUGCAUAAUCUGGACGACCGAUCUCACCGACAUCACAGCCUACCAAGGCGGAUUAGGACAGGAUCUUUACGUCAGAUUAGCCGCAGCAGAUCUCGUAUCCGAGUCUUCGCCUGAGAAAUCUCGUCGCCGGAAUCUCAAGGUGGCGAUAGGCGUGGUGCUUCCUCUUGCGAUCAUUUCGCUGGCCUGCGCUUCCUACUUCGUCUUGAGGAAGAAGAAGAGAGGUACCCAACUUCCUCAAAUAGCAGAGAAGGAGGACUUAGAGCUGCCGUUGUUCGACUUGAGCACCAUCAGAGACGCCACCAAUGGCUUCUCCAUGGACAACAAGCUCGGAGAAGGAGGCUUCGGCCCUGUAUACAAGGGGAAAUUGGGGGUGGAUCAAGAAAUCGCCAUCAAGAGAUUAUCAACCACAUCGACUCAAGGCGCCGACGAAUUCAAAAACGAGGUUACUUUGAUCGCAAAACUGCAACAUCGUAAUCUUGUUCGACUUCUUGGAUGUUGCAUUCAAGGAGCAGAGAGGAUGCUCGUCUACGAAUACAUGCCCAAUAGAAGCCUCGAUGCUUUCCUAUUCGAUGAAGUUCGAAGUAAAUUGCUAGAUUGGAGAAGACGAUACAAUAUCAUACUUGGGAUCGCUCGAGGUCUUAUGUAUCUUCAUCACGACUCGAGGCUUAGAAUCAUUCAUAGGGAUUUGAAGGCCGGCAAUGUUCUUCUUGACAAAGAUAUGAAUCCUAAAAUAUCAGAUUUUGGAAUGGCUAGAAUAUUUAGAGGAGAUCAAUCCGAAACAAAUACUGAAAGAGUCGUCGGAACAUAUGGAUAUAUGUCUCCUGAAUAUCUCAUAGAUGGAGUAUUUUCAAUAAAGUCAGAUGUGUAUAGUUUCGGUGUAUUAAUACUUGAGAUUAUAUCAGGCAAAACUAACCGAAGAGUUUAUCAACAUCAAUCGAACCUUCUAGAAUAUGCAUGGAACAUGUGGAAAGAAGGCGAAUGGUGGAAUUUGGUGGACAAAAACAUCGACAAAUUCUCUUCGGAGGAGGCGGAGGUUACGAAAUGUAUAAAAAUUGGACUCUUAUGUGUUCAGGAGUGGCCUAAAGAUAGACCAACAAUGCCUUUGGUAUUGACAAUGUUGGACAACACAGAAGAUAUCAAUCUCUUACCCGAACCAAAGCAACCAUGGUUUGCUUCUAAAGUAAUUUCCUCCCAAGAUUCAGCGACGACUCAUCUAGAUUCGGGCUCGAUGGACAAAGAACUCCACACGGAGUUACAAGGACGAUAGACAAUUAUCUUCCAAACAAAAAUGUAUACGACGAAGAGUCUUGCAAGAAUUUUUUUUGUACAAACAUGUUUUUAUCUUAAAAAAUAACUAUCUUUAUCUUUUUCAA